GCUGCGGGGAGAGCGAACCCCCCCGCGGUCGGGUCAGUCGCCUGCUCAGCCGCUUUGCCCCCCGGCCCCCCGCCCGCUCGCUCAGCACAGAAGGGGCUCCCCGAGAGCCCCCCUGCCACCCUCCCCCGACCGCCACCGUACCUCCGGGGACGAGGGGGGUGAGGGGCGGGGGGGCGCGGAGGGGCGGCGGGGGGCCCGAGAGCCACGGGGGGGUCAAGGGCCACGGGUCGGCCACCGGCCCGGGGGCGGCUGAGGGUCCUGGGGGCGACGAAGGGUGCGGGGGACGGUUGAGACACGGGGGGUGGUCAAGGGCGUGGGGACAGCUGAGGGACAGCAGGUGGCCGAGACCCACAGGAUAGUCAAGGGCCACGGGUCGGCCACCAGCCCGGGGACAGUUGAGACUCUGGGGACAAGCAAGGACCUGGGGGACAGCGGAGACACGAGGGGUGGUGAAGGGCAUUGGGACAGUUGAGGGACAAGGGACAGUUGAGGGACAGCAGGUGGCCGAGACCCAUAGGAUGGUCAAGGGCCGUGGGUUGGCCACCAGCCCCGGGGACAGUUGAUGGUUUGGGGUCAACCAAGGGUAUGGGGGACACUUGAGGGACAGGGGACAGCUGAGGGACAGCAGGUGGCCGAGAGCCACAGGAUGGCCAAGGGCCACGGGUCGGCCACCAGCCCGGGGUCAGCUGUGGCUCUGGGGACAACCAAGGACCUGGGGAUGGUCAAGACACGGGGGUCAGUCAGGAGCGUGGGGACAAGCCGAGGGACAGGGGACGGCUGAGGGCCACAGGCUGACCAUCAGCCCAGGGGCGGGGGAGGGACAGGGGACAACCAAGGACCUUGGGACACCUGAGACACGGGGGGCCGGUCAAGGGCCUUGGGACGGUCAAGGGAUGGGGCUUCACCAAGGGGGUGGGGACAGCCGAGGGACAGGGGACGGCUGAGACCUGUAGGAUGGUCAAGGGCCACGGGUGGCCGCCAGCCCGGGGACAGCUGGUCUGGGGACAACCAAGGACCUGGAGACAGUUGAGGGACGAGGCACAGCCAAGGGCUUGGGGACGGUUGAGGGACAAGGGAUGGCCGAGACCCGUGGGAUGGUCAAGGGCCGUGGGUCGGCCACCAGCCCCGGGUCCGUUGAUGGUUUGGGGGUCAACCAAGGGCACGGGGACGGUGGAGGGCCAGGGGACAGCUGAGGGACAGCAGGUGGCCGAGACCCAUAGGAUGGUCAAGGGCCACGGGUUGGCCACCAGCCCGGGGCCAACCGAGGCUCUGGGGACAACCAAGGACCUGGGGACACUCGAGGGCCAGGGGGACGGUCAAGGGCAUGGUCAAGAGCUGGAAGGUGGUCGAGGGACGUGGGCCACCAGGGGGGACAGGGGCCACCGGGCAGCCAGGGGGACGGCGGCUGGCCACGAGGUCACCGGUAUUGACCGAGGGCCAAGGGUCCCCCAAGGGUUCUGGGCCCACCACGGCCCCCGCCACCCCCGCGGCCACCCCCGCGCCGCCGGUGGCCACCAUGCCCACGGUGGCGACCACGGCGGCGUCGGUGGCGGCCACCCCGCCCACGGCGGCCCGCGCCAGCCGCGCAGGGGCGUGCCGAGGGCGGCGCGGGGGUGGCCCCGCUCGGGGGGGGUGGGCAACGGGCCGGCGGCCAUGCGAGGGGCUCCCCGCCGCGACCCCCCCCCGGCCCACCCGGCCCUGCAGCGCCGCAGCGGGGAACACCAUCACCGGUGCGACCCCGGCGGGGGGCGACGGCCAACGGACCUGAGGGGGGGGGGUCCCUGCCCCCCCGGCACCUCCCGCCCCCCCCCCCGGCGGCUCCCCCGGGACCCCCCAAGAAGCGCUACCCCCACGGCCGAGGAGAUCCAGGUCAUCGGCGGGUACCUGGCCCUGCCCCGCUCCUGCCUGGCCAAGAACGACCCCCACCGCAAGAAGCUGAAGAUCUGGUUCAGCGAGCGGGAGCUGGAGCGCACCUUCUGCUACCCCUCGGAGGGGGGGGCAGCGCUGGCGGCCUGGGGCCCCCCCGAAGAGCCGCCUUCCCCUGGGCCACCCUCAGCUCCCGAUGAAGAUGAGGAUGAGGAUCGACCCCCCCCCGGUGCGGGGGGCUGCCAGGGGGGCUGCGAGCCCGUGCCCUGCUUGUGGAUGAGUCCUGCCGGCGGUAACCCCGGCCCUCUGCCCCACGGGGGCGGGGGGCGGGGGGGAGCCGUGCUGGGACCCCCACACCCUCCCCACCGGCAAGAGGCUGGGGAGGGGGCGGGAACGGACCCGAGGGACCCCCACAGUGGGGCAGGACAGGGCUGGACACACGGACAAGGACACCCCCCCCACCCCAAACUGUCCCGGGCUGGGGGUGGGGCACACGGACUCUGUCGCCGCGGUGGAGACCCUGCCCCGGGGGCACCGUGGGGGGAUUCUGGGGGGGUCCCAGCUCUUCUCUCCCUAUUUUGUAGCUUUUCUAGCAGCUGCGGGGGGGAGGGGGGGGGCAAUUAUCCUUAACGAGGUUUUUUUUAGCCUAAUCAAGGGCUUUUUUUUAGCCAGGGUGGGGCAACUUUGUCAGUAUUGGGUCAACCGGAGCUGUCCCAGUUAGGAACUGGGCCAGGCCCAGUUAUAACUGGGUCGAAGGGGGGGGGGGGGCAAAGCCAUGGCAGUAUUAGCCGGAGGGGGAGGGGCAAAGCUCUUUUAAUAAGGGGCGGGGCUCUGCAGGGUGGGGGUGGGGCUUGGGGGGGGGCUUUUGUUGAGGGUGGGGAGGGGGAUAUGAUUUAUCCCUGGUGGCCAGAGGUGAGGGAGGGGACGGCCGAGGAGGGAGGCUCCGAAAGGGCCGAGGGAGGAUAAAUGGCCGCCAGAGGACAAAUGGAUGAGGAACGAUGGCAGGCUGGGGGUGUGAGAUGGUGGUGGGUGGCCGGGAAGGGAUGGGGGAGCCCUGGGGACAGCCGCCAUCAGCCGGGAGCGGCAGGGGUUGAGGGGAGACAAAAUGAUGGAGGGUGGUGUGGGCCGAAGCCUGCGGCCUACUCCUGUUGCCAGGGCAAUGGAGCCCUGCGGCUUACUGCCAUUGCCACGGCAAUGAAGCCAGAGGCCUACACCUGUUCCUGUGCCAACGAAGCCUGUGGUCUACUCCUGUUGCCACGGCAACAAAGCCUGAGGCCUGUUCCUGCUCCUGUGGUGGCGAAGCCCGAGGCCUACUGAAGCCUGUGGCCUACUCCUGAAGCCCACGGCCUACUCCCAUUGCCGUGGCAGCGAAGCCUUUAGCUUGCUUCUGCUGUUACCAGGACUGUACCGCGAGAGGUGACAAUAAAAAGUGGCUGGCGGCUGCCGUGAGCCGGGCUGGUGGCACCAGGGCCAGGCGGCUGAGGGCAGCUGUACAAGG